GCACCGAACUGUGUUUAUCCCUAGCAAUUGAAUAUUAUAGAAUGUCUGCAAUAAGAGGAAAUGUUUGGGGAAUGAUACAAUUAGCGAGAAGGUAUCAAGCUGGAAUUGGAACCCCUAAAAAUAUUGAUAAGGCUAUAUAUUGGUAUCAAAAAGCUCUUGAAAUCGGUUGUGAAAAAGCAAAGACCGAGUUAGAUAAUUUAAUGAAGUCUCUAUCAUCCUCAUCAAAAUUUCCGUCGCUGACUUCAAUUCGAUGUGGUAUCAUAUCAAGGAACACUAUCAAAAAACGCCAUCAAGCAUUUCGAAUAUGA